UUCACCUUUUCUUUUUAUUCCCCACCAAAAAUUUCAAUUGGUCCAUUUGUUCAUGCAGAAGGAUGGAUUUGCGGAGAAGUCGGUCCGGCCGGACGACGCUCCGGGAAUGGGACGUGCGUUUAUCGGAGUCGGAGAAGAUCGAGGGCACCGGCAGUUGGGAUGCCAUUGAGUGGACCAAAGUUGAUCCUGUUUCGAGGUCUAUUCCAAGUGCUCUGCAACAAUUUUUGAUUGAAGCGGAGCAAGUUAUAGUAGAGGGACAUGGUGUUGUGCUUGUGAAUAUUGAUGAGGCAGGAACAUUGUUUGUUACAAACUUCCGUCUUAUAUUCCUGAGUGAUGGAUCUAGAAACAUUAUAGGACUUGGAACAAUUCCAUUGGCAACAAUUGAGAAGUUCAGCAAAAUUGUUAUGAAGAUUCCAUCAGGCCCUAGGCAAGUUGACAGGAAUCCAUCACAACGAUUGCUUCAGGUCACUGGCAAAGAUAUGAGAAUCAUUGUAUAUGGUUUCAGGCCUCGCACAAAACAGAGGCGUGCUGUAUAUGAGGCAUUGUUAAGGUGUACUCGGUUGUCUAGGCUUUGGGAUUUAUAUGCUUUUUCAUCAGGACCUUCUAGAUUUAGCAAUACAAAUCCUAAGGUGCGGCUAUUAAAUGAGUACUUCCGGCUGCUUGGACUUGGGGGGUCAUAUAGUGCUUCCUCUAGAACCAUUGAAGAUGGUUCGUUCACACUGUCAAAUGAAUGGUGGAGAAUAAGCAGUGUGAACUCUAAUUACACAAUGUGCCCAACUUAUCCAUUCGCAUUACUCGUUCCCAAUUCAAUAAGUGAUGUAGAACUGCAACAGGCUUGUACCUUUCGUGGACGAUGUCGGUUGCCUGUAAUUUCCUGGUGUCAUCCAGGGACUGGAGGUGUGCUUGCGCGUUCUUCACAGCCGCUGGUUGGCCUCAUGAUGAAUAUGAGAAGCAAUGCAGAUGAGAAACUUGUUGCUGCACUCUGGACUCAACUUGCUGGAAUUAAGGAACGCAGAAGGAAGUUAUAUAUUGCUGAUGCAAGGCCUAGGAAAAAUGCUAUAGCAAAUGGAGCUAUGGGUGGUGGAUCAGAAUCAUCUGCCAAUUAUUCUCAAUCUGAGAUAGUCUUCUUUGGGAUAGACAAUAUACAUGCCAUGAGAGACAGCCUUACUCGGCUUAGAGAAUAUGUUGACACUCAUGGUGCCAAUUCAUCUGAUGGAAUGUCAUCAUUUUUGAGGCAUGGUGGGUGGACUUGGGGAGGAGGAAAUCUCAGCAGUAUGUCUGCUUCAGUAUCUACUCUUGGAGCGACUGGUUGGUUAAUACAUGUACAGAGUGUUUUGGCUGGUUCGGCUUGGAUUGCUGCUCGUGUUGCUUUGGAAUCAGCUGCAGUGCUUGUUCAUUGUAGUGAUGGGUGGGAUAGAACGACACAAGUGGUUGCCCUUGCAAAUUUAUUGCUUGAUCCAUAUUACCGCACGAUUAGAGGUUUUCAGGCACUAAUUGAGAAAGAUUGGCUUGCAUUUGGUCAUCCAUUUUCAGUUCGAAUGGGAAUGCCAACUAUACCUGAAGACAGCCCUCCUGUCGAGUUUUCACGACAGGCUUCUACAGGGAGUAUGCCUUCGCCACCAACACGCCAAUCAUCUCAAUCGGCAUCUCAACCAGCAUCUUCCCAUGCACAAAAUAAUUGCUCGCCCAUCUUCUUGCAGUGGGUUGAUUGUGUAUCACAACUGUUGCGGAUGUACCCUUAUGCCUUUGAAUUCUCCUCGGUUUUCCUGGUGGAUUUACUGGAUUCUGUGCUUUCCCACCGUUUUGGAAACUUUUUCUGCAACAGUGAGAAAGAAAGGGAGCAAGCUGGUGUUUUUGAUGCAUGUGGUUGCUUGUGGAUGUAUUUAUCAGAUAUGCGGGCUUCAGAAGGGAGGUCUCAUGCACAUUAUAAUCCCUUCUACGAUCCAUCUAAAUCUUCCGGCCCAUUACUACCCCCUGCUGCAGCUUUAGCUCCAACACUUUGGCCUCAGUUUCACCUCCGAUGGACUUGUCCUAUCGAAGCCCAAGCAGGGGAGGUUGAAGCACAUUGUCGAAACAUGGCUAACAAAAUCUCUGAGCUGAAGAAGGCGAAGGAGUCGGCAGAGAGCAAAGCGGAAGAAACAACAGCCACGAUGGUUUCCUUGACAGCUGAAUUGCAAAACGAAAAACUCAGCAGCAGUUCAGCGUGGGAUUGGGCGAGACGAGCCAGAAAGGAAACUGCUGCAAUAAAGCGGGCAGUUCAGUCGCUCGGGUGUAAGGUUCACUUCUCAGAAGACGGGGAUUGCAUUGUCGACGUUGAAAGCAAUCCGACAACAGAAAUCCCUCAAAAAUCUCUGUUUUCAGCCUCGGAAACUCAAUCCGGAGGCAAUUUACAGGUCGAUGAGAAAUCGAGUUUGUCCCUUUCCCAAAUCGAAGACGAUGACUUCGACCACCCCAUCACACGGGUUUGUGAAUCUUUGUGUCCCUUGCGCACUCGGGACGGAGGCUGUCGAUGGCCAGAUGCAGGCUGCGCCCAAUUCGGAAGUCAGUUUGUCGGUCUCAAGGCAAACUUUGAUGCAUUUGAUCGUCUUUCUAUACACGAAAGCUAUUUCGGGUCACAAUAGAAGAAGCUUCAGAUUCGGAAAAAAAUCGAGCCUUAGAUUUCUCUUCAACGGAUACAAACUGUCCAGCUGAUUAUUGCUGUAUAGGAUUGGAAAUGAAGUUCUUCCUUCGAAAAUUUUGUCGUGAGGAACUUCUGGAGACGGAGUUAACGUAGACUCGAAUAAUUUGAAGAUGGAUCCUCGGGGAUCUCCGGAGUGUACAUAAUGGGUAUCGAUAGAGUUAGUUUUGGUCAGCCUUAACUUCUAGUCGAUCAAUCAAUCGAUCUUUGGAGACGACGAACCGGAAUUAAACUUUUAUGUGUUCGGUAUAGAUUUUUAGUGUUUUUUAGUAUUGUCUUUUGCUUCUUUGGAGAUUUUAGUCUUGUUAAUAUUAGCAACAUUCAUUGCCCAUGUGAUUCUUGAAUUCUUGCAAUGAUCUUUAAUAAGUUGCGUGGAAAGUGAAAAUAUUGUUAUGAAAUUAUGUCACAA